CCCUAAUAUUGCUCAAGCCAUUUUUGUUUUAUGUUUUUUUACGUAGUAAUUGUCAUUUCCCUUACAAAUCCCUCAAGGCCAACAACCUCCGGAAGACCUCAGAAAUAGCACAUUCGAAAUCGGAGUGGAAUCGAUCUCACUUGUAAGGGCCGACCUGAGAUCACGUUGCACCUGUUAAUCUUAGACUAGAAGCUUCCUGCAGCGCCACCAUGUGGAGAAAACUCUCCAUCGAUCUGCUCCGAUCUUCUCCGAAACUCUCCAGAUACGGCGCAGUUUCUUCGUCUCCGUCCGCAGCGGUUCUCCGACCGUCAGUUGCUCUCUCGUCUCGCCGCUUCAAUGCUGUCGCUGAAAACGUUGUUCCCAAAGUGCGAGUCGAGGAUGUGAUGCCAAUUGCCACGGGUCAUGAACGGGAAGAGAUCCAAGCUGAGCUUGAAGGGAAACAGCUCCUUGACAUUAACUAUCCUGAAGGUCCUUUUGGCACUAAGGAAACACCGGCUGUUAUCAAAUCCUACUAUGACAAAAGAAUUGUUGGAUGCCCCGGAGGAGAAGGCGAGGAUGAGCAUGAUGUUGUUUGGUUCUGGUUAGAGAAGGGCAAGCCACACGAAUGCCCUGUGUGCUCACAGUACUUCGUUUUAGAAGUGGUUGGUCCGGGAGGACCACCGGAUGGCCAUGAUGAUGAAGACGACCAUGGUCAUUGAAACUGCAACUGCUCUCUACCAGAUGACGUCUGGUUUGGAUUUUGACAGAUUAGUUUUCUGCAAAAUCUAGAUUUAAAAGCUAUGUUUUUCUUUUGCUUUUGCUCUGGAUAAUGCCAUUCAUAUUGUUGCGAUUGCAAGUUUGCAACAGCUAAAAACAUGUCAUACAGUGAGUUUCUAAUAAUUAGUUAUUUGAAAGACAAAACAUUGGCCAAUGGCAAUGUAAACAUCAUCGAGUUUUGCAGCAUAAGUGUUGGGUGAAGUUUGAUUCAAAUAUUCAAACUACUAUACAUAGUAUGACGUCUUACACUCUUACAUCUAC